GAUGCGAUGCGCCGCCGCUGCCGCGGACGAGGCACGCCUGAAGAUGCCGCGCACACACCGCCGAAACGUCUUGGCCUCCGUCGCUGCCACUGCCGCGUGUUUCGCCGUCUGGCUGGGGGUGGGGCGGCACACGUGCGUGGCGCACAAGAUGGUCGGAGGUGACCCGGACGCGGCAGCAGGUGUCUCCCUCUGGAACAGGAUAAUUUUCUGGUCUGUGGACGAGCCGCCCAAGGUGGAGUUCCUGCCCGAGGACGAGGACUUGAUCCGCGUGGCCAGACCGGCUGCUAAGCCCGCCGUUCCCAGGCCUCCAGCCGCCACUACUCGCAGGAGGAUCCUCUGGUUGGCUCCUGAGGACGGGAAUCCCCACAUAGAAACCGACCCGACACGUGCAGCAGAUCCAGCUCAGAGGUAUCGACGAGCUUUGGAGAAGACGGUGCUCCCAGGCGGAGGUCUCCAGGAUUGGUUGGGUAUUCCUGGUCCACCAUUGGGAAACCCAGCAUUUGGUGCUCCAGUGUUCAGUGACACGACUGGUGAGAAAAUGUCCGCAAUUCUCAAACGAUCCGAUUCUUUUCCUGAGCAACACCAACCUGUCGGGAUGCAGGCAGAGAUAUUAAGUGCUGGUAGAAGAAAGGAACAACUUCCACAAGGUACUGUACGUGUUGAAGGUUCCAAAAAGCUGUGUCCACCUGAAAGAGGAACCAAAUCCCGAAUUCAGUUUGCAGUUGGUAAUCCGUCUGCGAGCUCAAUCAGUCCUUCUGCCACGCCAGAGAGGGAAAGGAAACCCGAUAAAAUAUCCCCAUCAAAUGAGAAAGAAAUUCAAUGGACUGUCAAGUCUCAGAAAUUGGGGCAGCGACGACGAGUCAGAUCACAGUUUUACAAUACUCUAGGAUAUGCAGCCCACGACGGUUCUGAAAUUGCUGUGGAUAGACAUAAAAAUUGGUAUGUUCCCUCGCCUUUGCAGAGCACAAAAACAACGAGCAACUUCAUUGCAGUUUCAAGGAAUGUGAAGGAUGAAGAUCAAAGAUUUCUUAAGAGGAUUAGUGCAGAAAGAAGUUCGCCACGGUUUCAGGAGGAGCGCGAUGAAAACAAGAGAACCAGUUUUCAAUACAUGGGAGACAGCAGUAGCAGUAGUGCAUCUGGACACAGUGAAAGGAAUCACAGUCAUAACAUGCUGACCCAAUAUGGUGAUACCAUACCAGCAGCUGAUGUCCACAAACAGCCGUCCAGUCGUCGAUUCUUGAAAUUAGAGAGAGACUCACUUUCCCCAGGACUAUUGUCCUCAGUUGAUGCGGAUGCUACGGUAGUCUAUUCAGAUAAUCAGGAUCAGAAACUGAUUAAAGUGAUGUUGGCUAAGAUACCUGAAGACCAAGGGAAAAGCACAGAAAAUUGGGAAAGUAAACAUACAUUAGAUGGCAUAAGCACGUCUCAUCUUACAAGACGUAGUAGAUCUCCUACACGGACCACUGAUCCUUUGGGUAAGACUGAAAUGAUUCGUAAAAUUGGAGACCGUGUAAUGUUGACACAUGAAGAAUUUUCAGAAAUAAAAGACCCUACAAGCCAACCUGUAGAUAACUCCGUGAGUGAACAGCAUAUGGUGGCAAAAAAAUCAUUAAGAUCUCUGAGGAGCCUAGAUGGAAGCUUAACCGAAGUACGAGAAAACCAAGAUGGACUUGCUACACCAAAUGGUGCUAAUCAGGACACAGGAAAACAGCGACGUAUUGGGAGACACCUCAUGGGAAUUUCAUUGGAUGAAGCUACCCCUUCACAUCCCGAAGGCACGAAUGCAGCGAACGACGCUGACGGGGAGAUGACGAAGGAGGAGGAGGCGGCUGCGAGGGAGCAGGUGUUCCACGACAUCGUCGGGGACCUCCUGGGCGUCGACGGCAGCGGCGACGGCAGCGGCUGGGGAGCAGCCGACACCUGAGCCCCGGCAUCAGCUGGCGGGGGCGGAGCGAAGCGGCUGCACGCAGAGGCCGGGAUCAGCGGGAGCUGUACACCAUCUCAGACCACGAGACUCACCGAGCUUCUCUUACAAAGCAGUGGCUUUCUUCCGAGUUUGCCAAACAUCACUUUAGAAACAAACGAAUACUUGUGAUUGGCACUAGAGAAACAUCAACUGGACAAUCUACAGUUUGGGUUCCACUGGUCUUACACGUUCUGACAGCCUUAUUUAACAUGUAUAACUCUUUCAACGAUGUUUCUUGGAAGAUAUCCUAUGUUUGUACAAUUUUGAAGCAUCAUAUCACCAGAUUUGAGAAUAUGGGAUUGUGAUAACAAAUGUAGCAUUUCAGGUAACAAGUAGCGUGAAUUGGUGCAGAUGACAGGAAAAUUGACGUACAGUGUGACAGUGCUGUUUGAGAGACUGUGUGUGUGUGUGUGUGUGUGUGUGUGUGUGUGUGUGUGUUUAAUGAGUGCCAGAGAUAGUAGGGGAUGGCUUGUUAACUUUGAAUAUGAUAAUGACUUGCGUGGUUCACUUUGGGCCACGUGAAUACAUAUAGAGUGCGGUCCGCUUUAUAAAUGGCGUCUGUUUAACAUGUAUGUUAGGGAGCUUGUUUUGCCAAAAUAUGAAAGGAAUUGCAGACAAAGUAAACCAUCAAAUGUUGGACUUAACUCUACCUUAGGAAACUUAAACAGAGUCGGCAUCGGAAAUUAACAGACUGAUAACGUAGUUAAAUUUGGCUGCGGGGAACCUUUCGUGAGAAAUUCGCAGGUUGAAUGACUGUGACGCUUACGACUUCUCUUUAACAUUCAUUGAACUGUAUACCAAGUAAAGUAGGGUUUAACGACCACUACGAGACCGUCUUCGUAAAUCGUUGUCAUUGGCAUCAUUAAGAGCGUGCGCAAGUCGAUAAAACAAGACAAGGGGCGUUAUGCAAGUGUAUGGGUUUUGUACUAAAUAAAUGUCAUGUGUGGGACUUAAAAUAGGUACCAAUGCGUCAGAAAUAAUCAGAGAGAAGAGGGGGGGGGGGUGAUAAAAUACUGUACACAACAGGGUCAGAGAAACUAGACAGGCAGCCAGAGAGGAAAGGUUUGUGUGCAUGUGUGCGUUUGGGUGUGUGUGUGUGUGGGGGGGGGGGGGGAGGAGAGAUAGAUAGAUAGAUAGAUAGAGAGAGAGAGAGAGAGAGAGAGAGAGAGAGAGGGAGAGGGAGAGAAAACUCUUGUUCGUAGCCAGGUGACUAGAUUCAGUAACAGUUUAAUAAUCAUUCUAUCCGUCUUGUUUAUAAUUCUUGGGUCUGCGGCAGCAUUAAAAAUAGGUGACAAUAAAGAGCUACAGUUUUGCAGCAUUUCACUUCUAUCCUAACUAAAAAUAUGCGGAGCAGUCGUUGAUUUUGUUGUCAUCUUGUAUUAAAUUAAUGCAUGAUGAGACAAAAUAUCUUCAUCUUACAGUCAGACCUUUUUGUACCCGCGUCAUUGACAUUUUGAGAAUAAUAGGUUACUUCAGUGAAAUAAAGAUAUGAAUCUACAUGCCAGUAUGUGGUGUUAAACGUAAUUUCCAAAAUCAUGGUGAUGAUAUGCCAGCCAGUCUUCGAAAGAUUGUUUCAAGAGAUGGUUGCAACGAAGUCAACGUUUUUUGUUAUUUCUUUCUAUGAAAGAUUGAUCAUUUACUUUUGUUAAAAAAAUAAAUUGCUAAAAAUUCUAAAAUUUUUGUUUGGUGUACAAUUUUCGCUUGUUCACUUCCUCUUCCGUGUACCGUUUCGCUAAUACAUGUACCUACAAAACUACAAA